ACCUGCGCGCGCACUCCUCGCCAUCUUUGAAUUUCGGAAGAGGGGGUAGAGAAGCGGUGCGUCUAAGCGGUUGCUGUUCCAGCAUUUUCCGCGGAGUAAGUGGAAUUUACGCUUCUUUAAACGGAGAACCAUGGCAAACCGGAACAUGUCACAAGGGCGCGUGUUCGCCAUGAAUUCUCCGCAGUCGGCGAGACGCGGGACAGACUCCCCGGUGGCGGAGCAGCAGAGGCCGGCAAGCAAACACAGUCCAGCCCCGCCGCCUCAACACUCCCCCGCGGAAGAGCCGGCAGAAGCAGCGGAUGCGGAGGGGAGCGGCAAAAGCCAUUCAGAAAUGACUUUUGACAUCUCGAGCUUCAGGAAGCCGGGGGAGAAGAGUUUCACCCAGCGCUCGCGCCUCUUUGUGGGCAGCCUGCCGCAGGAUAUUUCGGAAGAGGACUUCAAAAACAUGUUUGCAAAAUAUGGAAACAUUGGCGAGAUGUUCAUCAACAGAGAGCGAGGCUUUGGCUUCAUCCGUCUGGAAACCCGCACGCUAGCAGAGAUCGCUAAAGCUGAGUUGGACGGCACAGUUUUAAAUAAUCGACAGCUGAAGAUCCGCUUCGCGACUCACGGUGCGGCGCUCACCGUCCGCAAUCUGCUGCCGACGGUGACCAAUGAACUGCUGGAGCAGGCCUUUUCCCAGUUCGGUCCAGUCGAGCGAGCCAUCGUAGUGACGGACGAUCGCGGUCGUCCCACCGGGAAAGGGAUUGUGGAAUUUGGGAACAAGGUGGUGGCUCGGAAGGCUCUGGAGCGCUGCAGCGAGGGAGCUCUGCUGCUGACCACAACUCCGUGUCCCGUCAUCGUCGAGCCUCUGGAGCACUUGGAUGAUGAAGACGGGCUGCCGGAAAAACUACUGCAGAAAACUCCAAAGUACCACAAGGAGCGAGAGCAGCCGCCGCGCUUCGCCCAGCCCGGCACCUUCGAGUUUGAGUACUCGUCCCGCUGGAAAGCUCUGGACGAGAUGGAGAAGCAGCAAAGGGAGCAGGUGGACAGAAACAUCAAGGAGGCCAAAGAGAAGCUGGAGGCGGAGCUGGAAUCAGCCAGGCAUGAACACCAGCUCAUGUUGAUGCGACAGGAUCUGAUGAGGCGUCAGGAGGAGCUGAGGAGGCUGGAGGAGCUCCGGAACCAGGAGCUGCAGAGAAGGAAACAGAUCGAGAUGAGGCAUGAGGAGGAGAGGAGGAGGAGAGAGGAGGAGAUGAUGAAGCACAGGGAGCAGGACGUCUUUAAGCCAAACUACAUAGAAAACAGGGAACAGGAAAUGAGAGUGGGGGAGCUGGGCCCUCGUGGAGCUGUUAAUAUAGGAGAUGGCUAUAACCCCGCCUCCUCGGGGCCCGCUGGUAACCAGGGUCCGAUGAUGGGCAUGAGUGGAAGGGGAGCCGCCGUUGGCGCGGAGGGGACGGCAAAUAUGGGGACGCCGCUGAUGUCAGAGAACGGACCCAUGAGGAGUGACCGGUACCCACAGGGCGGAGCGGCCGCCGGCCGGCCGGAGGUGGAGUCUCCAAAGCAGCACCAGCAGCCUCUGAGCUCUCAGGUCGGACCGUCCACUGGAUUCGGGAGGGGCGGCCCCGCGGCAGGUCUCUUUGACGGCCCCAACAGCAAACGCCGCAGAUACUAACGGUUCCCGCCGUUGGGACUUUGCUCCACUCCGCCAGAAGCCCCUCCUUCUUUUGCUCUACAACAACCCACCAAGUCCAGAAGUCGCAUCUACUGAAACAAAAAUGCGACCUUGAGUCUUCGGAAGGUGGCGUUUGUUUUUAAAAUGACUGUUUGACAGAAACGGUUGUUAUAAUUUUGCUAAAAAAAUGUGACUUUAAAGGGACGGACUACCGCUUGUGAUGGUUUUUUUGUUCUUUCUUUCUUUCAACUGACUCUUAUUUUGAAAAAAUGUCAGAACUGAAAUACGGAGGAUGUUACGAAACUGUUCAAAUAUUCAGGAAACACUACUUAAGCUUUCAAGAAACCUGUGAAACGAAAACCUGCAGCGGCUCUUAGCGCAUCUAUUUUCUGAAGCUACAAGCUGAAGCAGCUGUGUGAAAAGUCUUCGUCCUCAUAAGCGCAGCUGACAUUCCAGGUAACUGAUCUACCUGCAGUUUAAAAAAAAAAAGUUUUUUAAGUAUUUGACCUCAUCUCUAACCCUUGAAACAUAAAAACGUGUGUAACUCUUCUUUGGUCCUUUGUUUGACUGUGACCCCUCCAUACCCGACCUUUCCUCUGUGUGUUGUGACAGAUAUUUAGUGAACGUCUCUGUAGCUUCUUCUAUUAAAACAAACAUUGGAAGCGUUUUUCUUUGCUUUACAAGUUAGGAAAACAUGAACUUGAAACAUUUACUUCAUGCUCUUGAAGUCGUGCUUGACGGAUCCGGUGGGUUUGAUGUGUAAAUGUGUAAACUGAUGUGUUGGAAGCCACUCCCACGCUUUUUUUGUAUGGAAGAACAGUUUGGUUUUAAUAAAAUAUGGUCGUGUGUGAACUGUGCAUGCUAAAAACAAAACAAAAAUACAAUCCACUUUCUUUAGAUUCAUUUUGCUUUAAACUUUUGUUUUCAUUUAAAUAACCUUUUUUUGUUGUCGUAAAUCUUUUAAAGACAUGUCAUUUUGAAAGUUUUGUUUUUAUCAGAUUCAUUCAUUCACUCAGGAACAUCUUAAACAUUUUUAAAUAGUCUUUUUACCUUUAUUGUUCUGAUUUAUAAUGCAUUUUUAAUCUCUGGUUUGAUCAGUAAAUAGAAGCUGGUCACUUCCUGGUUGAGACCCUUUCAAAAUCAAUUAGAUUUGUUUUCCUUUUAGUUUGUGUGAUAAGCUGUGAAAUUUGUGUUUGGAAUUUUAAAUAUUUGACACUAAAUACUGCGAGGUUGUGUGAAUUUCUAUUCAAUCAUUUGGUUUAUAUUUUUAUCAAAUAGUAACUUGUAUUUAAUUUAAUAACCUCCAGGACUUUUAUGGGUUUGUGUUUUUGUUGACUUUUUUUUUUUUUAAUAUCCACGUUUUGUUUGUGAAACGCUUCAUGAACAAACCUAUGAGGGACAUAAACACCUUUUAACCCACAAUGCUUUACAAUUUUCAGUUAAUGAAAACUGCCAAGCAUGGUGGUGGAGGGGUAGUGAUAUGGGCUUGUAUUUGGACACAUUGGAACAAUUUUAAAAUAGUCAUAGAGUAGUUUGCUGAAUUUACUGCCCAUUGUGGAAUAAUAAAGAAUUUUUCUAAGUUCUUUAUUACAAGUCACAGCGAAAGAAGUAAAAGCUUUUAAGGUCUUAAUGAUUUAAAAAAACAAGAUCGUCAUAAUUUUUUAAAAUAAAAUAUCGUUACAUUUAGAGAAAGUAUUUAAAAACAAAGUUCUGUCACUUUGUUGAAAUGUUAUAUUUAUUUCAAAAAAGGUUUUAUUUGAAAAGCUUAAAAAAGAAAAGGCCAGCUUCAGUCAUCUGAACCAUAAAGAUGACAUAUUUUACACGUUUACCUGUACUUUUACUUUUGUGAUCUCUAUUACUUCUGCCCUUCAAAAUAAAAUACAGUUUUUAACACUGAA